UCUGCAAAUGCAAAAUCACAUGCAAGGCAUAGGGCAUAACGUACAGAAAAAACAAAAAUCGUGUGUUUUAAAACAUGGAUGAAGAAGUGCUACUUCCUGCACGUUGUCGUUGUUGUCUGAUGGAGGACAGUGAUAUGGUCUAUGUGUUCGAUACGCUAGAUGAGUUCAAUACGACAAUCAGCGACCUAAUUGCCCGAAAUGGUGCUAUAGUGAUAUCUGAAAAUGAUGCCUUUCCUAAACACAUUUGCGGCAAUUGUCUGAAUGAUGUAGCAAUUGCCGAGCGCUUUGUUUUACGAUGCCAAAAAACCAACGAGCUGUUGAUAAACCUCAUAACAAAAGAUGCGCAAAUCAGCAGCGAAAUUGCUGGCCUGGUAAUAGAGGACGAUACGUAUGCUGAUUUAGAUGAUGAAAACGUAUCGUACGAACUCGUACCAUCGGAACCACAAUCUCCCCUGUUUGCAACAGAAACCAUCGUUGAAGAAAAUCAAAGCACAGACAUUUUUCCUCAGCCUCACGAUGCUGCAGACAACGCGAUAGAUGCGGAAAUCACAAGCCCAAAAACGGCCGGAUUCUUGUUAUGUUUAGAGCAGCAAGACGACAGAAUAAUUGAGGAGUGUACCAAUGAGACGGAACAAGCUCAUCAGCUCUAUAAUAGUGAUACAGUAGACGAGAAUGAUUUUCUUUAUAAGGAAGAAACAAUCGACCCGAGUGAUGAUCUUUGUGACGAGAUAUACGAGGACCAGGAGAAUGGGAACACGUUUGAAGUAAUUCAAACGUUAGAUGAUGCAAAUAACGAUGAGAUUGAGAAUGAAUCUGAUGCGGAUGUAAUCGGUACGAAGAACGAUUUUAAAUACAGCUGUGAACAGUGUGGGGCCAGUUUCGUUACCACGAAACACUAUGCUCGUCACUUACUAUCGCAUAACAUUUUUGCAUGUGAAGAAUGUUUGAAACGAUAUGAAAGCUCGCAGGCACUGAAAUCGCAUCAAACACGUUGUUUGCAAACUGCUGAUCAGGCUAAAAGUGUCUACAGCGAUCAAAACGUAAUGUUUUAUGCUGACCAAAGGCAACAGAAAAAACUAUUCGUCUGUGAGUACUGCGACAAACGGUGGAUUUCACAAUCCGCACUUACGGCACAUCUGCGAACGCAUACCGGUGAACGACCGUUCGGUUGCAGACACUGCUCGAAGCGCUUUAAAACGUUGGCCGCGUUGGAUUUGCACGAGCGACGACAUUCCGGUACCAAACCAUACUCAUGUUCCGUAUGCGACAAACGGUUCACCGAGAGUAGCAAUCUGAAGGUACACAUGAGGCGGCACACGAACGAAAAAUCGCACGUAUGCACGGUGUGCAAUCGUGCAUUUGCACGCGUUUUUCUACUGCAACUACAUAUGCGAACGCACACGGGCGAGAAACCGUAUGAGUGUGAAAUUUGUGAGCGGAAAUUUUCACAACAAUGCGACCUAACGGCACAUAGACGAAUUCACACCGGUGAGCGACCAUACGCUUGUAACAUCUGUGGCAAAGGUUUUACCAAAAGCAAUGCAGUCGCACAACAUCUUAAGAUCCAUCAGAAGCAUCGAUUGCUGGAAGAGAGCGUGGAAACGAUGGAGGAAUACAUCGCGGAAGGAUCGUAA